CCCUCCCCUCCCCUCCCCCCUUGCGACGCGGGAGCGAGGCUCGUUUCCGUUUCCGGCUGGCUAAGGAGAGAGCGAGAACGAGGCUCGUUUCCGCUUCCGCCUGCUUCAGGAAGGGCAUCGAGGGAAGAGGCGGAGAAGGAGAAGCAGCAGCGGCGGCGUCUGUAGCGAGACUUCCUCGACGCGCGCGCUCAGGAAAAUGUCAGCUGCUGACGACUUCUCGCUGGCGGAUGCUCUGCCGGACACGUCUCCUGCCAAGAACGCCUCCUUGGGCAACACGAAACCUGCUCAGCAACCCGGCCAGCCCCCCCAAGCCUGGCCAGCUUCCAACCCCUGGAACAACCCACCGAGCGCUCCCCCCGCGGCAAUGUCGGGGCUGCCUCCCAGCACGUCCACCUCCAACGUGCCUUUUGGACCCCCUCCCACGGGAAUGUACCCUUCCCUCCCCCCCGGAGCCCCUGCUCCUUUUCCUCCUCCUGGGUCGGCUUGCCCCCCUCCCGGCACCCCUUACCCGCCCCCGGGCUCUGCCCCACCUGGGCAGUACCCUCCUCCAAGCAUGUCCUUCCCAGAACUCCCCAGGCCCUACGGGGGCCCAGCAGAGCCGGCCGCGCCCCCUGCCGCCGUCGGGCCGUGGGGGUCCAUGUCUGCCGGAGGAGGGUGGGGCCCCGCUGUGGGGGGUCAGUACCCUGCGCCUAGUGUGCCGUACCCACCCCCAGGGCCGUAUUCCACUCCGACCCAGGCACCGGGGGCCGCUCCUACAGUGCCGUGGGGCGCCGUCCCCCCUGGACCAUGGGGGCCUUCGCCGCCAGCCCCAUUUCCCCCGCCCACAGGGUCCUAUCCGGCUCCAGGACUGUACCCAACACCGCCGAAUCCUUACCAAGUGCCACCUGCGCCCGCUGGAGCUCCGUCCAUGCCGGGGGGCCUUCAUCCUUACCGUUGAACUUGUGCCGGGCUGAUGAAGUGCAGUCUCCUCCCCUACAACUGCUAUUUACAAGAGAAGUUGAACAUUUCGUUUUCUGUAACCUUUUGGAGUCUCCAAAGAGCUCGCUCACCACCUGCCUGCUCACCUGAGGCACGGAGGAGGACUCUGCGUAAGCUGGACUCUGUUCAAAUGCUGAAGUAACCUUUUUGUUUGUCAGUGAAUUAGGAUAAAACACGCCCCAGCUGCCCCCGAUCCUUACUUGGGAGGUGAGGACCCCACCUUGGAAUAUGCGGCUGUUUGCCCAGUGAGUUAGGACUGCUCCAGAAUAGUCCAGGAAUUUGAUGGAAGGCCUGGACCCAUCGCCAUUUCCGGACUCGUGUCUGUGUGUUCAGGUUAUUCAAGUCAAGUCAAUUCAACAAACUUGGUGUAUUCUGGAGAAAUUCUUGGACAAAUAGGCUAGACACAUUACGAGUCACUCAUCAAACUGCAAAGAACCAAGCCAUGUUAAUCUGGAGGCAAUUCUCAACAUCGCAUUCAAUUUAUCUUAGCCAUGUUCUGGGAGAUACGGUAGUUGCAGAGAUUUAGAUCUGACACUUUUAUGUCUAGCUCCUGCAGGCAGCUGUGAGCAUCGUUGCACCGUAGGUGUUUGGGCAGUUUGGAUAGAUCAUUCUGAGGGGCUAGUCUGCCAGCCGAAUUAGACUUCACAGUUUUCAUUGAGAGAAUGGAUUUUUCCCUCUGAGGUGGUCCAUAUAUUCAAUCUAGGACUAAAACUGCCGUUGGGUUGACUGACGAGCGCUGAUAACUUUUGGGUUGUUUUUGUCCUUCAAAUGGAAUUAAAAUGUUUAUUGUAGGGAGGAGACAGGAAUCUGACCAGAAUAAUCCUCUUCUUUGCUUAGUUGCUCCGGAACCCAUGGUCCUUGCAUAACUGCUGCCCUCACUUGGGAACCGAUUGUGUUUAUUAUCACAACUCCACAAAGCACGGUUGCACAGUUCUUCACCCGAGUGCGGUCUUCUUGUUCCCAAAUCAGAUAGCAGAGUCUAAUACAGGAUUAAAUAGGAAGGUCGUUCUGCAGCUGGGGGUGUCUCCUGAAGUCUGUUCUCAGGCCAUCUUGGUUCAGCAAAGUAAAUUGUGUAUAGCCAACACUGAGCAGUGGUUGCAGCAGCAGCAGUUUUAACUUGCCUGUGUGUGUGUGUGUGUGUGUGUGUACUUUCCCCUUCCAUUCUGGCUUCUCAGAGUUCGUUCCCGCUCAUCUGGCUGCUGUUGGCGUCAGCAAUGUUGCAGGACAGGGCAGCCUUGCAAAUAAAUCCACAGUUUAGUCGCCUGCAAAACCAGCUGUGUCGUCUGUUUAACAAACCUCUGCCUGCUCCUCCAAAGGCAGUUCUUAACUCUUCACAGGCAAGUGGCUAUUUAGAAGCCAUCAGUAGGAAACGGCUCUGCAGGAGGGCAUUCUGUUGCUCAUUGGUGUCUCACCCCUGAGAAUUGCAAGGCUGAGUUCAUGAAAGAGAAGAGAUGAGGAUGAAGAUGUUCUUCUCUAGCGGCUGCAAAAAAGCAACAACAACUGGUUAAGCAUGGCAGGACUAGGUUCCCCUUUGGGUUCCUUCCGGCUCUACGAUUCUGUGCUGUGGAGUGAACAUGGAACGGGGAGUAAAAACAAAAUUAAAAAACCUGCGUGUGUAGAAUUGAGGGGUCUUUGUGCUUGUGUAAGUUUGUGGCAAGCGUUUAUUUCCCCUUGGCUGCAUGCCUUCCUUCCAUGUUGCGCUUCUCUGAUGGGGAUAUAGCACCCUCCCAGAAAUUCAAAGCCUAAGUAUUUUCUUGGUUGUGGGGAGGGGAGAAUGCAUUCCCCCCCCCCGGCUAGCACAUUCAUUGUUGUUGUGACUUGCUCGGUGGUAUGUGACUUUGCAACACCCGCAACUAUCGGAUAUUGUUCGGUGUGGUAAUUGAGGUUAGUGAUGGGUGACAAUUCCCCUCUCCAUCCCCAACUCCACCAGUUUUGUCAAGAACUCCAAGCCUAGUAAACCCUGAAUUAAAAGUCCUGCUAACCUUUAAAAAAAGAAAAAGAAAAAAGCAACCUUUGGUUUUAUGUUCUACUAUGGCUCUUUGAAGGCUGUGCGCUGUGCUGCUUCUGUGCUAGAAUAUCCCCCCCCAUCCCCCGCAUGCACAUUCAGCAAAGCUAUUUGUUCUCCUGUACGGGGACUUGCCAUAGUAUACAAAAGCUAAAAUGAAGCGUGGGCAUGCAUUGACCUGUGGAAAGGCCCCAGAAUCACCGUUAGCACUUGGAGUCGUUCACCGUAAUUGCCAUUCCAUCAGGUUUUGGACAGGGCGGGAGUGGUCUGUUCCAGGUCCGAAGCGUGCGAGCUUCUGAGGUGUGCAGGAGAGAGAUGUGAACCACGAACCAGCCUGAGACGACCCACGUGUGUGUCUUCUGUGUGCUUUUUUUUAAUAUAAAAAAAUGAACUCUUGGAAAUAACAAACGAUAAAGAAGUUUUUCACAAGGCUGGAGCAGUUGUGCCGAACCUCAAGCUCAUAGGACAGACUUAUCCAAAUGUGUGCUCAGUGCCUCCACCCUGAUGCCGACCUUCUGUAGAGACUGCAGGAUUUGGGGUGCGCCUGGAGAGGAAGAGGAGAGAGACUGUAGACCUGACUUAAGAGCGGCACCACAUUGUCUGUGAAUUCAGCUGCAACCUGCUUGGCAGAAGCUCCUGCAAAUGCAGCUGCUAAGAUCCCACCUGAAACUGUAAGGACCUUCCAAGUCUCGGCCAGCCUCCCUUUUGUUCCUGCUGAUCAUGCACAUGCAUAAGUGUUGGGGAGGCAGUGGAGGCACAAAGCCCAGUGCAAACAAGCGAUGGGAUCUCUCAGCCAGGACGAGGAGGUGGUUUUGGCUAUACACUGUUUUCACCUUGCGUGUUGACUUUGGAGCCUAAUCCCCGCAUACGAUGCAGCUCUGCUGCACUAUGCAGGUGUGCUCAGAAGUAGGCCCCACUGAACUUGAUGGGACUUACUCCCAGGUAAGUGGGUAUAGGAUUGCAGCCCAAGAGAGAGCUGAGUAUACACCCUGCCUGGAAAGGAAGCGGGGGGGGGGUUGCUGUUUCUUAAGACACUGGACUAAGCAGCUUGGACAGAAAGGGCUGGCUGGCCACUGCUUCAUCUGUUCCGGGUUAAGAGGAUGAGACCUGAAUUCAGGGCUUUGCACACUUAUUAAACUUCUGCCCAGAUGCCAUGCUGAGAAAGAGAGAGCCUGGAUUCUGUGCGGAAGUUUGUGCACGAUGCCACCCUUAAGCCAUUCACUACUUUGGCAUAGUUCUGGGGUGCUAGGAAUGGGCAGGAGCAGAGGGACAAGCAGGUUGCUGGAACCCCAGUCAGCGACAAACACACCCUUGGGAGAUCUGCCCCGGUUUCUGAAAGCUGAGGUCCUGUGCCCGGAUUUCCACGUUCUCUUCCUUUUCCACUCCGCUCAGAAACGCUGCCCAAACCCAGCAGCGACUAGAUAGGAGUCGGUUGACAGGUGCCUUGCUCUGGUUCAGCCAGGUGCCUGUCUGAUGUUUCGAACUGCCAAACUCCUGUCAGUCCCAAGUUGGGGGUGGGUGGGUGGGCUUGAUGGGAGUUGGAAGUUCAAAGCAUCUGGAAGGCACCCUGCUGUGGGGAAGGAUUCUCCGGUAACAUGGAUAAAAGGGCUGCAUUCCCGGUUGGCAUCUGUCCGUCUCGGGGAAACUAUGGGAAAGUGCACCUUCAGAGCCUGAUACAGGAGAGAGAUGUUUUGUUGCAGCUGGGGCAGGUGAGGGUUUCCGGUUGUGCCACUGCAGACGCACGAUGGUGUUUCUUCUCUUUGUGCUCACUCCUAGUGUGCGCAUGUGGAGUAUAUACAUAUAUAUAUAUAUCUCAAAGUUUCUCUUCUGGGUAUAUAUGGAAAGAGUCAUAGCAGUAUAUGCAAGGGAGAUGGAAGUCCUGUGAAGAAUCAAAAUGUAUUUUGCAUCUUUGUGCUUGGCUCCUCCAGGAAGCUUUUCCCAAAAAUCCAAAAUGGAUUAGACUUGGUUAUGAACAAGGCAUCCUUCCUGGGGAUUCACCACCUCUGCUUAUUAUCCCUUGAUGUUACUUGGACCGCUCGCACCCCCCUGGUCAUGAGACUACCCUUUCUCAUAAAUAAUGGGGGGGGGAGAGACUCUACCCACCAUCCCAGGCAAUUGUUCAAUGCUGUGUAGUAAAACUUUUUAAUCAUUCUGUCCCGAGUGUGAGCAGUUUUUAGCCCAAUUGAUGCUUGUUAUGCAAUGGAAUUUGUAUCAAUCUGUACUUUGUGAGUUGGGGUUUUGUUUUGUUUUUUUAGGAAAAAACUGCUGAGAAAUUUGGGGUUGGGGAUUUUGUUUGUUUUUUGGCUUGUGCUUCUGGGGUGGAUAUUUAACUGCAUUUGUUUACAAUAUGGAAUUAUUAAGCAAUCACACUUCUGAAGCAUAGACCAUAUCACCUGCUGCUGUAUUAUUAUUAUUAUUAUUUCUUUCUAGAUGGUAAAUUUGUUGUAUGAUGGUAGUGAAGAGGCUUUAAAUACAGGAUUUGAUAUUUUUUGAAAAUGCUGUCAUUUUUUGUAUACAAUUGGACAUUAAACGUAUUUUCAAGA